AAAUCCCAAACCAGGAUUCAUUGUUUCUCUGUGAAACAAAAGAGAAGUAGAAGAAACAUGUUGGAAGGAAAAGCAUUGGUAGAAGACACAGAUAUGCCAUUGCAGAUGCAAAUCCAUGCUAUGUCUUCUGCUUCUCAGGCUUUGGAUCACCACGAUGUAUCUGAUUACAAAUCAAUAGCCGGAUACAUCAAAAAGGAGUUUGACAGCAAAUAUGGGGAUGGAUGGCAAUGUGUGGUGGGUUCAAAGUUUGGGUGUUAUUUCUCUCAUUCUAGAGGGACCUUCAUUUACUUUUCAAUGGAGAGUCUCAAGUUCCUCAUCUUCAAAGUGGCUUCAUCUUCAACCUCUCUAUCCCAUUGA